CUUAUGACGUGACAAAGAGCAGCCAUCAUGAUUCAUUCAGCCCGGCUACUGCCAUUCCAGUGUUAUCACUGUGCCACACAAUUUGGGGUAUACCCGUGAACAGAAGCUCCGGAUUGUACCACAUUCUUGCUUGAUGCUCUGGUGUUCGAAAGAGGUAUCUGGGGUGUGGCACUAAUGGAUCUUAUCAUUGAAGAUGAAGGACCGGUCAUUGGCCAUGGUCCGUGGAGUUUCCUGACGUCCCGGCCGUGACGCAAUAUGGACCGAGAAUAUAAGACCCGCUCUGGAGCCAUCGCCAACUCCGUAGUUGUGCAGUCCAGUGGUCGCCCUUGUUCCUUCCGUCCUUUUCGGGGCUUUCGUAUCAUCUACUUUUAAACGCCUACCUCAGAACAUCGCUAUUCCUUUGAUUCGUACUUCUACCUGGUUAUCGAUCUCUAUGACUAACGGGAUGCAAUCACACAAAAAAGAGGUUGAUGAAGUGCAGACAGAUCCGGAAGAGUUUAAUUCUCAGUCCUCUGAGACUGAUGAUGAGUCUUCGCCCCCCACUCGCGAAACUUCGCGACGCAAAGAGAGACCUCCGAACAGACGACCGCCCGCCUCGAGACAGGCCACUGCACGAACCGGGAGCUUCAGAGAUGAUGUUUCCCGGUCCAAAACACAGGGGAGUCAGCCCCCGGGCGGUUUUUCGCUAGCAGGAUCCACUGCCUUCUGGGGUGCACCGCCUCAGUAUGGGCCAUACGUGCAUCCGGAGUAUCACUCGUACAACCCUCAGUACGGCAACUCGGAGCCUGGGAAACCAGUCUGGAGUCUUGCCCAGCCGCUGCCUCAUGUAGUCCGCGAUGGAAUGCGCUAUGGAGCCCUACCGGAGGAUCGAAAGGAGGAAGAGCGGGAGGAAGGCCGAGCGCACCCUCCCCCCGCAGCAGAGGAGCCUCCGACCGGAAUCCCGCAGACGGAGGAGUCCCAGCAACAUGGCGAGGCUCCGCCGGAUGAUAGCUUCUUCAACAUAUGGGGCAAAUUUCGAUCCUGGGCGAAAGAGCCCUUCGCGGAGUGGCUAGGAACAACUGUGGCCAUCACUCUAGGUCUCUGUGCCGGUCUGGCACACUACACUUCCGAGGGACAAGCUGGAACUUACACAUCGCAAUGCGCUGCUUGGGGCUUCGCUUUCAUGAUCGGUAUCUACAUGGCUGGUGGUGUCUCCGGUGCUCACCUCAACCCCGCCAUUACCAUCUCGCUGUCCGUGUGGCGAGGCUUUCCGGCGAGAAAGUGCUCGCUCUACGUCCUUGCGCAGGUGCUUGGGGCCAUCACGGCCGGCGGCCUUGCUUACGCCAUCUAUCACGAUGCGAUCGUCGAGCUGUCCGUCAAGUCGCAAGUUCCGCAGGCGCAAACCACCGCCGCCGACGCCCUCCUGACCGGUCCCAAGUCGUUCGUGGCUCCCGCGACCGCAUUUUUCAACGAGUUCCUCGGAAGCGCCAUUCUAGUCGGCAUCAUCUUGGCGUUGGGAGAUGACGCCAAUGCGCCGCCCGGUGCAGGUAUGCAGGCGUUCAUUAUCGGCAUCGUGAUCACGGUCUUGCUGUUGGCAUUGGGCUACAACACGGGCGGUUGCUUUAACGCGCCCCGCGACUUCGGACCCCGCUUGGCUGUCCUCAUGGCUGGCUGGGGCGGACAAGUUUUCACGGAAAACAGCGUCUGGUGGGUGUGGGGCCCCUGGGUGGCCGAUAUCUUCGGCGGGCUCUUCGGGGCGAUGGUUUACGAUCUGGCCAUCUUCACCGGCGGCGAAAGCCCCAUCAAUUACCCGCCCCGCCGUCGGAAGCGUGCGCUGCUCAUCAAGGAGAAGAACCUGCGCGACAAGCUGCACAUUGGCCGACACAAGAUCAAGGAUAUCGAGAAGGCGGUCGAGGAGAAUCAAGACGAGUGAACAUUCACGCAUGAUACAUACGACUUCAUCUGACACAAAAAAUAACCUUUCGCAUUUUUGUCCGGGAUCAUUGUUUUUGGGAUCACAGCAUAUACACGAGCGCUGGUGUUUAUGGGAGUUUCUGUCACUUUGUCAUUUGUUUUUGGCUUUUUCUAACACUAUGGUCUC